GAAUCGUUAUGUUUGACAACAUGAUAGCAAGUUGACCAGAACGUAUAACGAAGGUGCAAUUAACGGUCCAUUGUAUUUUAUCGUUUAAUUAUGGGAAAAACAUCGAAAGAUAAACGAGAUAUAUAUUAUCGACGAGCGAAAGAAGAAGGAUGGAGAGCAAGGAGCGCUUUUAAAUUGCUUCAAAUAGAUAAUGAGUGUCACGUUUUAGAUGGAGUUAACAAAGCUGUGGAUUUGUGCGCGGCACCUGGUAGCUGGAGUCAGGUUUUAUCGCGAAAAUUAAAUGAGAAUUACAAGAAAGCUCUAGAAACUGGAAACGCAACACCUCCAAAAAUAGUUGCAGUUGAUUUACAAGCAAUGGCACCUUUAGAAGGAGUAAUUCAAAUUCAAGGAGAUAUUACCAAUGUUAAUACAGCAAAGCAAAUUAUUUCCCAUUUUGAUAAUGAACAGGUUGAUUUAGUAGUUUGCGAUGGAGCCCCUGAUGUUACAGGCUUACACGAUAUGGAUAUUUAUAUUCAGUCACAGUUAUUAUUAGCUGCACUAAAUAUUACUACUCACAUACUAAAGCAAGGGGGUACAUUUGUAGCAAAAAUAUUUAGAGCUAAAGAUGUCACAUUACUAUAUGCACAAUUGAAGAUAUUUUUUCCCUACGUUUAUUGCACAAAACCUAGCAGUUCUCGCAAUUCCAGCAUUGAAGCAUUUGUAGUCUGCAAAGAUUAUUCACCUCCUGAAGAUUACAAACCUCAUAUGCUAAAUCCUCUUUUAACUCAUGAACCAUGCGACUUUGAUGAGCUUACAGGAAUUAAUAGAGUCGUUGUUCCAUUUAUUGUUUGUGGUGACCUUAAUGAGCCUGACUCUGAUACCUGUUAUCCACUAAAUUUCGAAGGAAAAGAAUACACGUAUCACGAACCAGUACAAACACCGAUUGCACCACCAUACCAAGAAGCAUUGACUCUGUUGGAGAAUAGGGAUACUGAUUUUAGAAGGUCUGAUGUCAACGUAGUAGUAGAUAAUCUAAAUUCCAUGACCAUUGCGGAUUUGAAAAAACAAGCGAAGCAGAAACAUAAGGAGAUAACUAAAAGUGAAAUAAGCAAAUUGCAAAAUAGCAAAAAUGAUGACAGCGAAGACAUAUUGGAACUUGAUCAAUUAAUGUUUACCGAAUUGUUUGAUGAAUCUGAUAACAUGAUGUAAAAUUUUGCGUAUUAUAUUAUAAUUAUAUAUAUUAUAACUGUGUAUCAAUUUAUGAUUAUAAUUGUUGUGACAAAUAAUUUUAACAUA